CAUAUAAACCUGGGGGCCUCACACCUUCGCCGGGGUCAAAUUUCUUGUGCGAAUCAGAGCAGCCUCUCCGGGACACGGUCGAGACGCAACUGGAGCUCAGACACAUCGCCGAGAUCUCGGUUCUCAGGAAUUAUCAAACUUUUUUCCCGGCCUCGGGUGAAAGUCGCUUCCAGAAUGACGACGAUGCAAACGUCUGUGUUGGCGCUUUGUUCGACUUCUUCAUGAAUCCGAGGAGAUAAAUGUUGGAGGAGUCCCGUUGGCUGCAGAUCCCCGAGCACUGACCGUUUUGGGGCCGCAGCAGCAGAGACAGACCCUCGGUAUCGUUGUUGUUUCCUCUCCAGCUCAUCAUGAACCUCAUCGGGGGCUACCAGCAUCACCACCACCUGAUGCACGAACCCUUCCCCUUCGUCCAGCGGUGCCACCAGGACGCGCCGUACUUCCAGAGCUGGGUGGUGAACCACGGCGAGGUGCCCCAGGACUUCCAGAUCCAGGCGCCCUACCCGGCCGCGGAGCUCGGGGCGCCCGGAGCGACGCACGACGCGCGGCUGGAGGGGCUCCAGGCGGGCAUGGGGAAGAGGAGAGCGUCGGGGCCGAAGAAGGAGCGCCGGAGGACGGAGAGCAUCAACACAGCCUUCGCCGAGCUGCGGGAGUGUAUCCCCAACGUGCCGGCGGACACGAAACUGUCAAAAAUCAAAACUUUACGCCUGGCGACCAGUUACAUCGCCUACCUGAUGGACGUCCUGGCCAAAGACUCCGGGGAGACGGAGGGCUUUAAGGCCGAGAUUAAGAAAUUUGAAACCCGGGAUCUGAAGAGGAAACGAGAGCUGACCGACGGCCUGCAGGACUCUUUAGGAGCCGAGAAGAAGGUGAAGGGCCGCACCGGCUGGCCGCAGCAGGUCUGGGCCCUGGAGCUCAACCAGUGACCCUCCGUCCCUCCAUCCCUCCAUCCCUCCCUCCAUCCCUCCAUCCCUCAAACCUCUCCACAGACUCUGGAUUCAAAUCAGAUUAAAAAACCACUGACUGACUGAACCUGAACGCACCGCUGUGCACAUACAUGGAUGCGUGGAUGAACGGACAGAACUAAAGGACGACGCAUAAACGAGGUGAACGGCGGACACCUUUUGUUUUUUGUUGUAUUAUUGUGUUUCUGUUGUUGCUGAUCUGAUGUUCUCCUGGUGUGACGUGGACACACACAUGUGACUGUAGGUGUUUGCUGUUUGUGGUAUUUCUGCUUUUUGAUGUCUCCACCUCCGGUACUGUAUAAACCACAUGUUGACACCGUGACCCCAAGAAACACGUCUCCCCCUAAAGAACAAGUGUGUAGAUGUUUUGUUGUUGUGUUGUUGAUGUUUCUGCUCAGAGAAUAAAACAGGACAGAUGAUGAGACGAUACAUGAAGAAAAGGCAUCAGAGAAAAAUACUGCAAAGGUGCAAGAAUUGAAUCAUAAUGAAGCUUAAGUGAAUUUAUAGUCCGCACAACUCGUUGCAUGACGCGUAAUUGUGCCAAAUUUACGCAAAGAUUUUAUAUAAACAGUUUUAAGCCUUUACUGCUUCUUCUGAUAAACGUUUAUCAAACCAGAAAGUUGGAUAAAGUUUAAUUAACUUUCACACAGAAGCGUUUUUACACAAUUCACAUUUAACAACCAGAUCUUUGCCGCGUGUUGGCUGCGUGUACUUAAUUUAAUCAAACGCCAAAAUAUGAGUUUACAUUUUUUUUUUUACGUUUUAAAAAUGCUUGUGUAGGUAAAUAUUAUUUUCUUCAGUCUGAAUUUCGCUACACAUUCUUUACUUUUAUUAAUAAAUCUGGUUUGAAAGUUUUUUGCACAAUUUCUCAUCUGCAAAAAAAACUUCCAUAGCAAAAAAAUAUUUUCAGUGUUAAAAUGAAACAAAAGCAAAAGUGAUUUUAUAUUUAGUAACAUUGAUUAACAGGACACGUGAUGAGCUCGAUGGUGUGAAGUGAAUUGAUCAACAGUUUUUUGAGGGGAGACGUUUUUUCAGUCCCGGUUUCGUCCCGUUGAAUUUGGUAUUAAAGUAUAAAAACACUAUAACGGUUUUACUGCAGUAUUUCAGUCGGAGCGGCUGUACACGUUCUGAAUGAAGAGAAUCUACCUCAGAAGAAUUGACGUCACUGUCCGUGUUGAGGAGAGAGAAACACGCUGACACGUUUUAAAUGUUUUAAAUGUUUAAAAGUUUUCAUGACGCGCAGCAGAAAACUCUCACUCCCACAAAAACUCCCAACUCAACCAGUAAAGGGACUGAAGUGGUACGACUGUGCGAUGUGGACGGAAAUGUACAUUAGAUGUGAAGUUAUAUAAAGUUCAGUAAAUAAAUGAAUUAUUUUAAGACACUCGA